AUGACGCGGUCCCGGUUAACCCUCGGGCACCCGCGGCGCUUGGCUCCCGGCCUCCGGCCUCCCGCUCCAGGAAGUUCUUCAGCUUCUUGUCCCUUGCUCUGCCCUCCUGCUGCCCGAGGCUGCUUCCCAGUUAGCGCCAUGAGGCUCCUGCCUGCUGCUGCUGUCUUUACUCUUGUCCCCGCUUUGGCACCAGCUUUGGACCCUCUCAGCGCUUCGCUCCUCAUCGGGGGUGCUGCCAUCGCUUGGGACCUCCUCUCCCCUCAGUCCUGGCUCAAGUGCAGCCUCCUGGAGUGCUGCAAUAUGAACACCACGCUCAACGCCUCGGCGCUGAAGGUGCAGCUGGACUCGAAGCUCUUCGGGCAGCACCUGGCCAAGGACGUGGUGCUGAAGGCGGUGCAGGGCUACAGCACCAACCGCAGCCCCAAGAAGCCUCUGACGCUGUCGCUGCACGGCUGGGCUGGUACCGGCAAGAACUUCCUCAGCCAGAUCCUGGCGGAGCACGUCCACGGCGCCGGCCUGCGCAGCAAGUUCGUCCACCUCUUCCUGCCCACCCUCCACUUCCCCCACCAUGACAAAGUGAAGCUCUACAAGGACCAGCUGCAGGCCUGGAUCCGGGGCAACGUCAGUGCCUGUCCCCACUCUGUCUUCAUUUUUGAUGAGAUGGACAAGAUGCACCCAGGUCUCAUCGAUGCCAUCAAACCUUUCUUAGACUACUACGAGCAGGUGGAUGGAGUGUCCUACAGGAAGGCCAUCUUCAUCUUCCUCAGCAAUGCAGGAGGGGACCUGAUCAACCAGGCAGCUCUGGACGCUUGGUUAAGUGGGAAGCAGAGGGAGGAGAUCCAGCUGAAGGACCUGGAGCCGCUGCUCUCCGUGGGGGUCUUCAACAACAAGAACAGUGGCCUCUGGCAUAGCAGCCUCAUCGACAGGAACCUCAUCGACUACUUCGUGCCCUUCCUGCCCCUGGAGCAGAAGCACGUCGAGAUGUGCGUGCGGGCCGAGAUGGAGGCCCGUGGCUACGCGGUGGAUGAGCAGCUCGUGCAGGCGGUGGUGGAGGAGAUGACCUUCUUCCCCAGGGAGCAGAGGCUCUUCUCUGACAAGGGCUGCAAGACCGUGCAGGCCAAGCUGGACAUCCACGAGGGCGCUGCUGUGAGGCACCACAGAGCCAAGCGCUGAGUGCCCUGCAGGGCUCCGCUGGGCAGCUCUGUGCCCUCGGCGCUGUCACUGCUGCAGGGAGUGUGGUGAAGGUAGCCAGGGUGAGCUGGGGGAGGGCUUUUAGGCUUUUUUUACCUCCUUUGGUUUUUUGAUUGUUGUGUUUUUUUAACUUGAUCUCCUCAUGCUGGGCUCUGAGCCUGGCCGGGAGCCAAACCUUGCACCUCAGCCCUUUAGUUUUAACUGCUGGAGAGUUUGAGAGUGACACAGACAGCUCUGGUCCAGCCUCUCCUGCUUUGUUCUGCCAACUGCUGGGGCUCUUAUUUGAUUCCUCUUGCCACAAAAGCCAGACUGGAGGGAAGGAGAAGAGAGGAAUUCAUCCAGGCACUCACAUCCCCUUCCCUGCACCUGAUCCAGGGCUGCUGCACUGCAGGGCUGGGAGAGGCAUUCAGGACUGAUGGUGCCUUGCAGUCAGAUGAGGUGGUGGAAGGUUUCCUGUCCUUCCUAGCAGGCUGAUGCUGUGGUGGCUUCUCCAGAUGAGCAGCAGCUGUCCAGGGACAGGCCUGACUGCAGCUGGAGCUGUGGGCUUGCUGCAGCCAUGGUAAGCCCUGAGGGGGCUGGGGGAAGCUCAGUGUUGUCCCCGCACUGCUCCGGGCAAAAGGAAUGUAACAGAGUUGUGUUCUCUGGGAGGGGUGAAGGGCAUCUGGGGCAGCUCUGGGCCUUCCCAGGCAGAGGGCUCUGACUGUUAGAUGCCAGGCCAGGCUCCUGUGCCAGCAGAGAGCCCUCUCAGGAGGACAAUCUGCCUGCAGGAUCUGGGGGAGCUCCUCUUGGCUGUAGCCAGGUCUGGGAGCAGCUUCACUCCUCUGGCCCUGCCUGGAAGCCACUUUCACAGCAGAGGUUAUUUUGCAGGGUGUAUUUUUGUACUGCAAUGCAAACGGCAGCAAUGCAAAGCUCCUCUGAGAGGCACAGAGGUGAGGAGGGCAGGGGGGAGCAGCCAGGCCCAUCCCUCAUCAGUACAGAUGUUUUAUAGCAGCUUUUAGCAUCAAAGAAAGUGGAAGGGUAAAGGAUGAGCUGGGAAAAACGCAAUUUAACCUUCACCCUCUGGCAGGACCUGCUGCAGGCUAUCAGUGUCUCAGCAGCCCUCCCUCUGGGGCCAGGUGCUGCAGUGCCUCUGCCCUGGCUGCUUUUCAAGUGCCCCAAGGGGCCGUGUGUUGCAGCUUCCCCUCCCUCACUGCUCCUUGCUUUAAGCCACGAUGCCAAACUUGCACAGCUCCCUGCUCUGAUGUCAGCUCAGGUUAGAGCAGACAGCUCAGCACUGAUGCUGAGCUCCCAGGGAGGUGUCAGUUGCCUUUCCCAAGCCCAGCUCAGCACCGUUCACCUUGGGACAUUGGACUCUUGCUCUUCACGUAGGAGGCUGUGCCUGGGAGCAGACUGCAGCUCCAGCCAUGAGGCACCUGUGCAGCUCACACCACUGACUAUGCUGUGCUGCAGCUGGAAUAAACCUGAACUUCCUUUUC